AGGUUACCAUAUAUUUUUCUCGACUUAAUAAUAUACUGGCAAUACAGCCACAGUUCUUAAACUGACAAGGUUCAAUAAUUUUGCACAAAGAAAAAAUUUAGUGUUUAGCUGGUUCCAAACUGGGUUGAGCAUAGAAAACGUUCUAUAAUCAAGAUUUUAAUUUUUUUUUUUACACAUGGUUUAAGGUAAGUCGAAAAAUCACCAAAGUAAUUUAUGAAUAAAUUUUAAAAUUAUUCUUUCAAUGUCCUUUUUAAACAAUCGGUGGCGGUCUUCCUUGAAUGCUCUCAAGGGAGUCGAGGAGCUCAAAAUUUAUCAAGAGUUAGAAUUUUGCGAAAUAUUCUUCAGGAUAGAGACCAAAAACAGAUAUAGAAUAAAGACAACAGACGGCAAGCUAUUGCUCUACGCCGUGGAGCAUUCUAGUUUCCUCUGCAGGUGGAUUUGUAGAAGUUACAGACCGUUCCGCAUGAGUAUCUACGACAUGAACGGAAACGAAGCAGUCCGCAUGAAGAGGCGGCUGGCUUGCACCAGCUGCUGCUGUUUCCCAUGCUGCCCUUUACAGAGGGUUCAAAUCUUCUCACCACCCAAGAGAUUCGUCGGGACCGUGGAAGAGAGGUACCGCUGCUGGCUUCCUCGGUUUCUGGUAAAAAAUUCUGCAGGAAAAGUGAUUUUCGAAAUUAAAGGUCCCUGUUAUGCUUCUUGCCCCGGCGCCUCCAUCCUGGCUGCGGACUUCAAGAUAUUUGACCUGAAUGGCAGGGAAGUGGGCAGGAUUACCAAGGAGUGGAGCGGUCUUCUCAGGGAACUUUUUACCAAUUCCGACUUCUUCGCAUUGGCCUUUCCGAAAAAUUUAAACAAAGCAAAAAAAGCUAUUUUACUAUCAGCGUGCUUCCUGAUAGAUUUUAUGUAUUAUGAAAAAUAAAUUAAUUGGUUCUGAU